UUUUUUCUAAAGGAAAAUUAAUUAAUGAAAAAAAUAUAUCACCAAUGAAUUAAAGUCAAACUUUUUUUAAGCAAGCUGGCAGCUAGCCUAGCACACUCUCCAUCAUCUUCUCCAAAAACACACUCAAAAACUCUAUAUAAAGAAGCAUGCGCCCCUCUCCAUUAUCUUCUCUCUUCCUCCAUUUCCCUCCCAUUAUUUUGUGUUAAGCUUGUUCGUUAGUGGUGGUGGCGUUCUUGCUGGAUCAUCAAUGGCGCGGAUGGGGAUCAGCAAGGGAGGCAGCGGCAAGGAGGCGAAGAAGCCGCCGCUGCUGCUGGGGCGAUUCGAGGUCGGGAAGCUGCUGGGGCAGGGCAACUUCGCCAAGGUGUACCACGCGCGCAACGUGGCCACCGGCGAGGAGGUGGCGAUCAAGGUGAUGGAGAAGGAGAAGAUCUUCAAGUCGGGGCUCACGGCGCACAUCAAGCGGGAGAUCGCCGUGCUCCGGCGCGUCCGCCACCCGCACAUCGUGCAGCUGUACGAGGUGAUGGCCACCAAGCUCCGGAUCUACUUCGUCAUGGAGUACGUCCGCGGCGGCGAGCUGUUCGCGCGCGUGGCGCGGGGGCGGCUGCCCGAGGCCGACGCGCGGCGCUACUUCCAGCAGCUGGUGUCCGCCGUCGCGUUCUGCCACGCGCGCGGGGUGUUCCACCGCGACAUCAAGCCGGAGAACCUCCUCGUCGACGACGCCGGCGACCUCAAGGUGUCCGACUUCGGGCUCUCCGCGGUGGCGGACGGGAUGCGGCGCGACGGGCUGUUCCACACGUUCUGCGGCACGCCGGCGUACGUCGCGCCGGAGGUGCUGUCGCGCCGCGGGUACGACGCCGCCGGGGCCGACCUCUGGUCCUGCGGCGUCGUGCUCUUCGUCCUCAUGGCCGGCUACCUCCCCUUCCAGGACCGCAACCUCGCCGGCAUGUACCGCAAGAUCCACAAGGGCGACUUCCGCUGCCCCAAGUGGUUCUCGCCGGAGCUCAUCCGCCUCCUCCGCGGCGUCCUCGUCACCAACCCGCAGCGCCGCGCCACCGCCGAGGGGAUCAUGGAGAACGAGUGGUUCAAGAUCGGCUUCCGCCGCUUCUCCUUCCGCGUCGAGGACGACCGCACCUUCACCUGCUUCGAACUUGACGACGACGCCGCCGUCGACGCGCCCACCUCGCCGCCGGACACGCCGCGGACAGUGGACAGCGGCGACGUCGGCGCUGCUCCGACGCGACCAAGAAAAGCCGGGAGCCUGACGUCGUGCGACUCGGCGCCGUCGUUGCUGGAAGGGAGAUUCGGGCUGGGAGGGAGCUCGCGGCGGCGGUCGAGCCUGAACGCGUUCGACAUCAUCUCCUUCUCCCCGGGGUUCGACCUCUCAGGACUGUUCGAUCAGGACGACGGCGGCGGCGCCGGCGCCGGCAGCAUCCCGGAGCAGCAGAAACACACGGCGAGGUUCGUGUCGGCGGCGCCGGUGGAGGUGAUCGUGGCGACGCUGGAGGCGGCCGCGGCGGCGGCGGGCAUGGCGGUGCGGGAGAGGGAGGACGGGUCGAUCAGCAUGGAGGGGACACGCGAGGGCGAGCACGGCGCGCUGGCGGUGGCCGCGGAGAUCUACGAGCUCACGCCGGAGCUGGUGGUGGUGGAGGUGCGGCGGAAGGCCGGCGGCGCCGCCGAGUACGAGGAGUUCUUCCGGGCGCGGCUCAAGCCAAGCCUCCGCGAGCUCGUCUGCGACGACCGGCCAUGCCCGGAGGACUCCGGCGAGCUCUCCCGGAGCCUUUGACCGUCGCCGGCACACGACACGUACGGCGUGCAUGCAUUGCACGUUCCUAGCUUGUCCAUAUGUACGUAGAAAUUUAUGUACGUACAUAUAUACGCACGUAUGCGAGGAAGUAUAUAUAUACGUGUAUAUAUACACGACAAAAUAAUUGAUUUUGCAAUGAGAAAUGUGUUUCUGUGUGUAGAGUAGUAUAGUACUCCUAAUUAAUUAUUUAAUUUGAGUGUUAGGAGACCACAUGUAUAUUUAUAGCUCUGUAAACCAUGAGAUUUGUUGUUGUUGAUGUGUUCACCGUGUAUUUGGAGAUGGAAAUGCAAUCGAUUCAUUCGUG